AUGAAAGUCUUGGUUUCCUCGAUCUUUAGUCUUUCUGCGGCCUUGCCAGCAUCAGCUGGUACCCCCAAGUACGACGAGGACCUCGGCUGCUGGCCAAUCAGCGUCGAGCGUGACGCCACCUACUGCAUCGACGGGCCCGUCUGCAGCGGGGGCGAGGCUCGUCGCCUGCCGGAUCCUCGUGCCCUGUCAAAGGUGAUGUGGCGAUCGCCGACUGUGACUCGAAUGUCACUCGCGACAGUGUCGGCGACUACUGCGAGCUGUCAGUCGACACCGUCUGUGAGCUUAAACUACGUGCAAGAUCUCUGGUAUGAACUAAGCCAGGACGUAAGCGCCGGGGUACCCGGGGGCUCUUCGUCGCUGGUGCCAGUGACCACUGGCAACCCUCUUGGUUCGGUUUCCAAUAACUCGAUGCAUGCAUAA